UCUUCACUUCAACCUAAAACCCUUCCUCGUAAACCCUUCUUCUUCAUUCAUCUUCAACCAGCCUCAAUCGAAACGCAAAAUCCAGCUUCUUAUCAGAACCAAGAAUCAACAAGCCAUGGCACCGCGUAAUGAUAAACCGCAUAAGAAUAAGAACAAUGAUAAGCCUAAAAUCGCUAAAGCUUCUAAGAAAAUAUCUAAACCUAAAAGGGAACAAAACGGCGCCGUUGUGAAAUCAGAAUCCCUUGCUUUGCAGCUUGAAGACGAAGUUCCUGAUUUUCCCAGAGGUAGAGAAUUUAAUGUGAAGCGAAGUAGUAAUGAUAAUGAGAAAUUUGGCGAUGAGGAUGAUCCGAAGAAAGAGUGGAAGAAUAAGAAGAAAGGGAAGAAAGUGUUUAAGAAGAGUGAUGAAGAUGAAAAUGAUUGGGGCUUGCUUUCCGGUGCUGGUAUCACCGGAAAAUUGCCACGUUACGUGAAUAGAGUUACCCUCAAGAAUAUAGCACCUGGAAUGAAGCUGUGGGGAGUUGUUACUGAAGUAAAUAACAAAGACCUUGUAGUUAGUUUACCAGGUGGUUUGCGUGGUAUUGUUCAUGCUUCAGACGCAUUUGAUCCUAUUUUCAACAACAAAACUGAGGUUGGAGAAAGUUUUCUUUCGAGUGUAUUUCGUGUUGGGCAGCUAGUUUCUUGCAUUGUGCUUAGAUUAGACGAUGACAAGAAAGAGAAAGGACACAGGAAAGUUUGGCUUUCUUUGCGUCUUUCUUUGUUGCACAAGAACUUCAACUUAGACGUUGUUCAGGAAGGCAUGGUUCUUGCUGCAUACGUGAAAAGCAUCGAAGACCAUGGUUUCAUUCUUCAUUUUGGUGUGCCGUCUUUCACGGGAUUCUUACCUAAAGAAGGCUGGAAUGGAGAAGUUAGAAUUGGGCAACAUGUGCAGGGAUUGGUCAAGAGUAUCGAUAAAGUUCGUAAAGUGGUUUACUUUAGUUCCGACUCUGAUACAAUGUCCAAAAGUGUGACGAAGGAUCUCAAGGGUAUGUCAAUUGAUCUUCUAGUUCCAGGAAUGAUGGUUAAUGCCCGUGUGAAGUCAAUCCUCGAGAAUGGUGUUAUGUUAUCAUUUCUCACGUACUUCACUGGAACUGUUGAUAUGUUUCAUUUGCAAAAUAUAUAUCCUGCAGCAAACUGGAAGGAUAAGUACAUUGAAUCUCAGAAGGUUGUUUGUCGGAUAUUAUUCAUUGAUCCAUCAAGUAGAGCUGUUGGUUUGACGCUGAAUCCACAUCUUGUUCAGAACAGGGCCCCUCCUUCGCAUGUUAAAAUUGGAGAUAUAUAUGACAACUCAAAAGUUGUCAGGGUGGAUAAAGGUUCGGGGCUAUUGCUCGAAGUUCCAUCCAUUCCAGAGUCAACUCCAGCUUUUGUCAGUAUAUCUGAUAUUUCUGAAGAAGAGAUUCAAAAGCUUGAGAAAAAGUACAAGGAAGGAAACCAUGUUCGUGUUCGGAUUCUUGGGUUAAGGCAUUUGGAAGGACUUGCUACAGGAGUUUUGAAGGCUAGUGCUUUGGAAGAGGCAGUGUUUACUCAUUCUGAUGUCAAACCUGGGAUGGUGGUAAAGGCUAAGAUUCUUUCAGUUGACAGCUUUGGUGCUAUUGUACAAAUUCCUGGUGGUGUUAAGGCACUUUGUCCUCUCCGACAUAUGUCUGAGUUGGAAAUUGUGAAGCCCGGGAAAAAAUUCCAGGUGGGAGCUGAAUUGGUGUUCCGCGUGCUUGGGUGCAAGUCUAAAAGAGUGACAGUUACACACAAGAAAACCCUUGUGAAAUCAAAACUAGGGAUUAUUAGUUCAUUUGUAGAUGUGACUGAUGGUUUAAUAACUCAUGGAUGGAUAACAAAGAUUGAAACUCAUGGGUGCUUUGUACGGUUUUACAAUGGGGUCCAAGGAUUUGCUCCCAGAUCUGAACUUGAACUAGAGGCUGGUGGUGAUCCAGGUGCAGUGUAUAAUGUUGGACAAGUGGUCAAAUGCCGGGUCAUUAGUUCCAUUCCUGCUUCACGGAGGAUCAACCUUAGUUUCAUUAUAAAACCUACAAGGAUUUCUGAAGAUGAUGUUGUUCCACUGGGUAGCAUUGUUUCUGGAAUUGUUGACGAAGUAACAUCAAAUGCUGUAGUUGUUAAAAUCAAUAGUAGUGGUUUAUCUAAGGGUACAAUAUUUACGGAGCACCUGGCUGAUCAUCAUGGGCAAGCUACUCUGAUGAAGUCAGUAUUGAAACCUGGGUAUAAGUUUGAUCAACUACUGGUUCUAGAUUUUAUGGGGAGUUCAUCAGAAAAAGAAAAAGAUUUAAAAGAAAAACAAUAUCAGCGGAACAAGAUGAUUCUAUCUGCCAAAAGUUCGCUCAUCAAAUAUGCUCAGCAGAUUCCUGCAGAGAUUAGUCAGACGCAUCCUAACUCAGUUGUACAUGGCUAUAUUUGUAACUUAAUUGAGACAGGCUGCUUUGUUCGUUUCCUUGGCCCGUUAACAGCCUUUUCUCCAAGAAAUCAGGCUGCAGAUGAGCAGAAAACCAAUAUUUUGGACGCCUAUUUCAAGGGGCAAUCAGUUCGCUGUUAUGUAUCCAAAAUUAGUGGUAAAAGAGUAACAGUCUCUCUAAAGCAGACAUCUUGUUCUUCAGCAGAUGCAUCUUUUAUUCAAGACUACUUUCUUAUGGAUGAAAAGAUUGCUAAGUUGGAACACACGAGCUCCAGUGCAUCUGAUUUGAAAUGGUGCGAAAGAUUCAACAUCGGCACAGUUGUUGAAGGUAGAGUUAAGGAUGUUAAGGAUGGAAUUGUUGUUUGCUUUGAGAAGUACAAUGAUCUUUUUGGUUUUAUUACCAAUAACCAGCUUGGUGGAACUGUAUUGGAGAAAGGCUCUGUAGUGGAAGCAUUUGUUCUUGAUGUCGCAAAGACAGAAAAGCUUGUUGAUUUAUCUCUAAAACCAGAGUUCAUGAAUAUAUCUAGAGAAAAAAGUUCCACACGUCAUACCAAGAAAAAGAAACGUCAAAGGGAGGCUCUGAGGGACUUGGUGUUGCAUCAGACAGUGAAUGCAUUAGUGGAAAUUGCGAAAGAUAACUACUUGGCAAGUGUUGUUAUUACUAUUCAAUUUAGCCACCUGUUGGUGAAAUAUUUUGGUACAUAUUUAACAGUUUUUUUACUGAGCUUGUUGUCUGUGAUGCAGGUUGUAUCUAUUCCUGAUUAUAAUUACACUAUAGGAUAUGCACAAUUAUCUGACUAUAAUACUCAAAAUUUUCCGCGUAAAGAAUUCCCAACUGGAAAGAGUGUUGUUGCAACUGUUACGGCUCUUCCAAGCCCUGAAACAUCAGGAAGGUUGCUUUUACUUCUGAAGGAGGACAAUGAGACAUCUAGUUCUAAAAGAAGCAAAAAUUCUAGCUAUAAAGUGGGAUCUCUGGUUGACGCAGAGAUUACUGAAAUCAAAACUUUUGAGCUGAAACUGAAGUUUGGGUCUGGCAUACGCGGCAGGAUUCAUAUAACAGAGGUACAUGAUGCAAUUGUUUUGGAAAAUCCAUUUUCUGGCUACAAAGUUGGGCAAACAGUGAAAGCAAGGAUAGUUUCAAAGCCUAAUGAGACAGAUAGCAGCAGAAAUGGGUCAGGGUGGGAACUUUCAGUCAGACCUGAAAUUGUUAAAGGUUCCAGUGACAUAGGAGACAAUGCAUCAGAGAAACUGAACUUUAAGAUUGGGCAAUGCGUGGCUGGUUAUGUAUAUAAAGUAGAAAGUGAGUGGGUCUGGUUAGCAGUUUCUCGAAAUGUUAAAGCUCAGCUACAUAUUCUCGAUAGUUCCACUGAACCGAAUGAGCUCGAGGACUUCCAAAAUCGAUUUCAUGUUGGAAAACCUGUUUCUGGUAAUGUUGUGAGUAUCAACUUAGAAAAGAGGCUCUUGCGAUUGGUUCUACGCUCCUUUUCUACUCCCAUUUCCAAAACUAUCGAGGAGCCACAAAUUAAUGAUGUGAAUAAGGAUUUGACAGCGUUUAUUCAUGAAGGAGAUAUAUUAGGAGGAAGGAUUAGUAAAAUACUUCCUGGUGUUGGUGGAUUGCUUGUACAAAUUGGUCCUCAUAUAUAUGGAAAAGUAAAUUUCACUGAACUUGCAGACAAAUGGGUGCCUGAUCCGUUGUCUGGAUAUCAUGAAGGGCAGUUUCUCAAAUGUGUAGUUCUUGAAGUUAGUAAUACUGCCAGGGGUACUGUUCAUGUUGACUUGUCAUUACGUUCUUCAAAUGUCAUGCCUUUGCAGGAUUCAGCAGAUGUUCACAGCAACGUAUGUGUGGAGAAGAUUGAGGAUCUUCACCCUGGUAUGGUCGUAAAGGGUUAUGUUAAAAUUGUCUCACCAAAAGGAUGCUUCAUUUUGCUCUCACGGAAGAUUGAAGCUAGAAUUCUUUUGUCCAAUCUAUCUGAUCAAUUUGUUACAGAUCUUGAGAAAGAAUUUCCAGUUGGAAAACUUGUAAUUGGCAGGGUUGUAUCUGCGGAGCCUCUUUCGAAUCGUGUUGAAGUUACAUUGAAGACAUCAACUGGUUCUAGUACAUCAAAAUCUGAGAUCUCUGAUUUGGGUAAAUUUCAUGUUGGUGAUGUGAUAUCUGGCAAGAUUAAGCGGGUCGAGUCAUUUGGUUUAUUCAUUGCAAUUGACAACACAAACGUGGUUGGAUUGUGCCAUGUUUCAGAGAUUUCUGAUGAUCAUAUUGAGAACAUUGAAGCAAAGUUCGGAGCUGGAGAGAGAGUAAAUGCAAUAGUAUUGAAGGUAGAUGAAGAAAGACACCGGAUUUCUUUGGGAAUGAAGAAUUCAUAUAUGAGGGGUGAAACUGUGCUCCAAAUACCUUUAGAUGAAGGAUCCAAUGAACCUAUUGAAGAUGGAAUGAAAUCUACAUCUUCUACAAAUAAUAUUUUGCUUGGACCCUCAAAUAUGGAUGUUGAAUACGAAACUGAUCAAUUCCCAAUUCUUUCACAAGCAGAAGAAAGGGCCUAUGUUCCUCCACUUGAUGUUGCCCUUGAUGACUUUGAUCAAUUUGAAGUAAAUAACACUAAUAGUCAUAGUGAAGGUGCAAAUGAAGAAGGCGUUCUAAAUGAAAAGCAGAAGAGGCGCGAAAAGAAAAAGGCAAAGGAGGAGAGGGAGAAACAAAUAAGAGCUGCUGAAGAAAGACUACUUGAAGAAGAUGUACCAAGGACGGCUGAUGAGUUUGAAAAGCUGGUUAGAAGCUCACCCAAUAGCAGUUUCAACUGGAUAAAAUACAUGGAGUUCAUGAUUUCUUUGGCUGAUGUUGAGAAAGCUCGCUCAAUUGCCGAAAGGGCUUUGAAGACAAUAAAUUUCCGAGAAAUGGAUGAGAAGUUCAACAUAUGUAAAGCCUACUUAAAUUUGGAAAAUGAGUAUGGGAACCCUAAGAAGGAGGCUAUUGAGAAAGUAUUAAAGAAGGCAUUAGAGUUUUAUGAUGGCAAAAAAGUUUAUCUUGCACUUUUGGGAAUGUACGAGAGGACUGAGCAGCAUAGUUUAGCUGAUGAACUUCUGAAUAAAAUGACAAAGGAGUUCAAGCAUUCAUGCAAAGUUUGGCUGAGGCGAGUUCAAAGUCUUUUGUUGCAAAAGCAAGAUGCUGUUCAACCUGUUGUUGAACAUGUUAAGUCAAUCCUUCCUAAACAUAAGCAUGUCAAGUUCAUAUCUCAGACAGCAAUUCUCGAAUUCAAGAUUGGGGUUCCAGAUAGGGGGCGAUCUUUGUUUGAAGAAAUUCUACGGAAACACCCAAAGAGAACAGACCUUUGGAGUGUUUAUCUUGACCAAGAGAUUAAACUUAAAGAUGAAGACUUAAUUCGGGCACUUUUUGAAAGGGCAAUCAGUCUGAGCCUCCCACCUAAAAAGAUGAAGUUCUUAUUUAAAAAGUAUCUUGAUUUUGAGAAGUCACAAGGUGAUGAAGAACGAAUAGAAUCUGUGAAGAGGAAGGCAUUGGAAUAUAUUGAGAGUAUGCCUUGAUGCAAGAUCACUGCAUUAGUUUUGAAUUUGCAGCUUGCUGCCAUUUUUUAAUCCUGGCUAGAUAUCCAAAGAUGGGUUGGCUUAUGUUUGUCACGGCUAUAGCAGUACAUUUUUUUUGGCAUCAUCAAGAAACAUGAUGAGCCUUGGUUGAAUGCCUCUGUACACUAACACUGGAUAAUAGUGCUAAUCGGCUUUCAGCAGCACAGAAAGGUAGACAUCAAAUGUGCACAGCAAGAGAAAGGCAUACCCUUGAUAAUUUUGUUUGCUUGUUUAGGGGUGAAACUGACGAUGAGAUCGGAAAUCUAGAUUAUGUAUUCUUAUUCUUUCUUGCCCAUUUUUCAUUCAGCUGGGCUGUUCUUUUUAGGCUUCACUCUAGAAUUUAUAGUGAAAACGUUUAUAAAUUAUUUCAUAGAUUAGACAAUGUUGUAACAUUGGUACUUUGUUUUAUUUCAACUAAUUUUAUUAAUGUAACCAUUGUUUUCUUGUCUC